AUGCCAGCAAAUACACAUAUGAAAAUAACAUUUCUUCACACUUUCAGAGAUGCUUUACUAGUGACCUUAUUAGGCGAGUUGACAAGCGUGUAUGCCGGUUUUAUUGUGUUCGCGACAGUCGGUUUCCUGGCUCACAGUCUUGAGCUACCAGUUGCUGACGUCAUCACAUCAGGUCCAGGCAUUGGAUUUGUAGUCUACCCUGAGGCAGUAUCACUUCUUCCUGUCCCCCAGCUGUGGUCGGUGCUCUUCUUCUUAGUCGUGUUGAUGAUGGGCUUCGACACCAUGUUUGGAACUAUCGAGGCAGCAACUGGAUGUGUGAAGGACAUUCUGCCCAGACGAUUGCACAAGAAACAUCUUCCAACUGUUACAGCUGCUUUGCUUAUGGGUGCAGUUUUCGUUUGUGGACUUAUCUUUACCAACAAUGCCGGAAUGUACAUGUUCCAGUUACUAGACUGGUAUGUGGGUGCUGUGAUUUGCUUUGUCGUCGGCGUAUUGGAAUGUCUGGUUGUUGGAUGGUUGUAUGGUGUGAAACGUUUCUCUGUUGACGUGGAAGCUAUGAUUGGAAAGCGGCUUCCGGUUGUCUAUAAGCUGAUGUGCUUCAUCAUUGUACCUGCCUUGCUGCUGACAGCUAUGAUUCUAACCAUCGCAAGCUACAAGCCACCAGCAUACGGGAGCUAUGAGUACCCAUCAAUCGCAGUCACCAUUGGUUGGUGUAUUGCUGUAGUGUCAGUAGUUCCUAUCCCUGUUACCAUCGUGAUACAUGUUCUGAUGCAGAGAGGCUCCUUCGCUCAGCGUGUGAAGACAGCCAUAACACCAAGCCCUGAAUGGCGAAGAUGCAGACAGCGAUAUGGUAUUACGGAGGACGGAGACGUGUCGAACAACUUGAAGGAAAGCAUUCUGCAUGUUUUCAAUCGAUAAUAGAAGCAACACAUUGCAACGUCACAUAAUAACAUUUCCGUUGUGUUCAUUGAAAUUCCUGCAUUCUGAUUAGCUGAACUGGUCACAUGUUAUUGCAUUCACUUCCCAAUGAAUGUAAAACAUGAAGACACGCUCACCGAGGGGCACUACUUUUAUUACUUCGGAAU